AUGGUCCACAAAGACUUUGCGUGUCACUAUUCCCCAGUAUUCCAAGCGGCUUUCAACAGUAGCUUCAUUGAAGGCCAGACACAAGAAUACCGACUGCAAGAUACGUCAGAAAUUGUCGUCCGUGUCUUGAUCAACUGGUUUUAUACCAAGAAAGUGGAUGUUGAGGCGCUUGGAUUCACGGGAGAAUCCAUCAAGACAGCCUAUUAUGAGACGCGUUUCAUAUCGCUUGUUGAGCUCUGGAUUUUGGCAGAGAAGUUGUUGAUUCCAGAGCUCCAGAACAUGGUGAUCAGAGAGUUCUAUCGACUUAAAUUAGCUGCAAUGAUAGUGCCGACAAGCUGCUUCCAUGCCAUCUAUGAGGAUACUGUAGUAGGCAGUCCACUACGUCGUUUAUGUGUGGAUAUCUGUGUUGUCUACCUCAAGCACUCUGUUUACAGGGAGACAGCAGACCAGAUUCCACAUGAUAUGUUCGUUGACUUGGUCGCAAGAUUCUCAAGUUUGAACAGGAUGGAGCUGGAUAUCAACAUCGAAGCCUACCAAGUCGCUGAACAGUGA